CCUAAUAAACAAUCAAACAUUCUGUCAGCAUUGAAAAACAAAAUCCUUACCCCUAGAAUAGAUCUAUGAGAUCUAGGUCUAGAAUCUAUAUAAAGUCUAGAUCUAUAAAGAAAGUCUACAUUUAGAGAUCUAAAGCUGAUUUAGAUUUAGACCCUAGUCUAGCUCUACAUUCAAGAUCUUUAUUUAUUGUACAAAAAUAAUUUUAAAAUGUCAUUAGAAACAGUACCGAAAGAACUCAGAAAUCUCAGGGCAUGCUUACUCUGUUCUCUUGUAAAGACAUUUGAGCAGUUUGAGUUGGAUGGCUGUGAAAACUGUGAAGAGUUUUUGCACAUGAAGAAUAACAGAGAUGCUGUCUAUGAGUGCACAAGUGCUAACUUUGAUGGGUUGAUAGCUAUGAUGAGUCCAGAAGACAGUUGGGUGGCAAAAUGGCAAAGGAUUGAGAGAUUUACUAAAGGAUGCUACGCUAUUUCUGUUACUGGUCACUUACCCCCAGGCAUUGUGAGAGAUCUCCGCGCUAAGGGACGUAUAUAUAACUCGAGGGAUGUCAGCGCAAGAACAUAAUGGUGUCACCUUUUUAUGUUUCACUUGAUGUAUUUAUGUAAAGACUAUUAAAAAUAUCAUUACUCAUUAAAGCUCUCAUUUUAUUACUGUU